AUGGCCAUGAAAUCCCAAGGAUUCAAGCGGCAGCCGCCUCCGCAAUCUUACGCAGCUGUCUCAUUCCCAGCUCCUCACGUCAUGCUGGUUGUGUUCAAUCGGCCCCAGGCACUCAACGCAAUGACCAGUGCCGCACAAUACGACCUCGAGUCACUCUUCUCCUGGUACGACAGCGAGCCAUCGCUCCGCUGCGCCAUCGUCACCGGCGCUGGCCGCGCCUUUUGCGCUGGCAUGGAUCUGAAGGAGUGGAACCAGUCUACCGCUCGGCGCGUGAAUGGAGAACACGCCGGUCAACAGAUGAUGCCUCGCUCUGGGUUUGGUGCGCUUUCCCGACGACACGGCAAAAAGCCUGUUAUUGCAGCAGUCAAUGGGCUUGCCUUCGGUGGGGGAAUGGAGAUUGUCUCUAAUUUGGACCUUGUAGUUGCUGCUAAGAGCGCGCGCUUUGCGCUCCCUGAGGCUAAGCGGGGUGUUGUUGCAAUGGCGGGCUCUCUUCCAAGGCUUGCACGCACCAUUGGACGUCCGAGAGCAACAGAGUUGGCACUCACGGGGAAGACAAUUACUGCCGCGGAGGCGAAGGAGUGGGGAUUGAUUAAUGCUGUGACAGAGGAUGGUCCGUCUGAUGGUGAUGUGCUAGACAGGCCAGUUGUGAAAUCUGCAUUAGAGUAUGCCGCGAGUAUCAUCGAAAACAGCCCCGACAGCGUGAUUAUCAGCCGAGCAGGUAUCCUAAGUGGGUGGGAAGAUGGAAGUGCUGAAAAUGGAGCUCGCCUAUUGAGUGAGAACUGGGAGCCUGCAUUGAACGAGGGUGAGAAUCUGCGAGAAGGUCUACAGGCUUUUGCUGAAAAGAGAGCACCGAAAUGGGUUGACAGCAAGCUGUAA